UCCAAGGAAGGAAGGAGGAACUGCUCGCCCCGCGUGUGUCACUUCCAGCGUCGUGCAGAACCACGCUGCUAUGUGGCUCCCUGGACUCAUCUAGCUGAUCUUACGGUUGGUGGGAAACCAGCUUAGAAAGUUCGGAAUCUCAGGUACUGCUUUUGGGGGGUCUGGGGACCGUCGGAAAGGUGGUGCAUCUGGUUUCGGAAGUGGAGCGUGGCAGAGAGAAGGAAGGCGGAGGGGGGGUUUCUUUCCUGUGUGAUAUUAGAUAGCUCUAUUCGCUCGCUCUCCCCCCGACGGGAUUGACGUAGAAUAUGGCGGAGCAUCAUUCGGUUUCCGAAAACAAACAAAAAUCCUCCCUGAACUCCGGAGCGUCGUACUCCGGGAACGGGCGCAGCAGCACGGCGGUGGCGGAGAGAGACGGCAUCGGCAGUGCGGGAGGAGGAGACGGAGGAGGAGGUCUGUCCGGCGGCCUGUCGCAGCCGGCUGGUUGGCAGUCUCUGCUGUCUUUCACCAUCCUGUUCCUGGCCUGGCUGGCCGGGUUCAGCUCCAGACUCUUCGCUGUCAUUCGCUUCGAGAGCAUCAUUCACGAGUUUGACCCCUGGUUUAACUACAGGUCAACUCACCAUCUCACCUCCAAUGGCUUCUAUGAGUUUCUUAACUGGUUUGAUGAAAGAGCCUGGUACCCUCUGGGGAGGAUAGUUGGUGGCACAGUGUACCCUGGCCUAAUGGUGACCGCGGGCCUCAUCCACUAUGUGCUGAACCUGCUGCAUGUUACCGUCCACAUCCGGGAUGUGUGUGUGUUCCUGGCGCCAGUGUUCAGUGGUCUGACCUCCAUCUCCACCUUUCUGCUCACAAGAGAGCUGUGGAAUCAGGGCGCAGGGCUGCUGGCAGCCUGCUUCAUCGCCAUUGUCCCGGGCUACAUCUCCCGCUCUGUUGCUGGCUCUUUUGACAAUGAGGGGAUCGCUAUCUUUGCCCUGCAGUUCACCUACUACCUCUGGGUGAAAUCAGUGAAGACGGGAUCCAUCUUCUGGACCAUCGGAUGCUGCUUGUCCUAUUUCUACAUGGUGUCGGCUUGGGGCGGUUACGUGUUCAUCAUCAACCUCAUCCCUCUUCACGUGUUUGUCCUGCUGCUCAUGCAGCGCUUCAGUAAGAGAGUCUACAUAGCCUACAGCACUUUCUACAUCGUUGGCCUGAUCCUGUCCAUGCAGAUCCCCUUUGUGGGCUUUCAGCCAAUCAGAACCAGUGAACACAUGGCAGCAGCAGGCGUGUUCGUGCUGAUUCAGGUCUACGCCUUCCUGCAGUAUCUGAAGGACCGACUGACCAGGCAGGAGUUUCAGACUCUAUUUUUCCUGGGAGUCUCUCUGGCUGCCGGAGUGGUUUUUCUCUCCGUCAUCUAUCUCACAUACACAGGGUACAUCGCUCCAUGGAGCGGGCGCUUCUACUCCCUCUGGGAUACAGGCUACGCUAAGAUCCACAUUCCCAUCAUAGCAUCCGUGUCGGAGCAUCAGCCCACCACCUGGGUCUCCUUCUUCUUUGACCUGCACAUCCUUGUCUGCACCUUCCCAGCAGGCCUCUGGUUCUGCAUCAAGAACAUCAAUGAUGAACGCGUCUUUGUGGCCUUGUAUGCGAUCAGCGCCGUGUACUUUGCGGGCGUGAUGGUGCGUUUGAUGCUGACUCUGACGCCGGUGGUGUGCAUGCUGUCGGCCGUGGCCUUCUCCAGCGUCUUUGAACACUACCUGGGUGACGACCUGAAGAGGCAGAGCCCGCCUGCAGAGGACAGCAGUGACGAGGAUGACAGAAAGAACGCAGGCAACCUUUACGAUAAGGCUGGCAAGGUGCGGAAACAUGUGUCAGAGCAGGAAAAGGCCGAGGAGGGUCUGGGCCCCAACAUCAAGUCCAUAGUGACCAUGUUGAUGCUGAUGCUGCUCAUGAUGUUCGCUGUCCACUGCACCUGGGUAACCAGCAACGCCUACUCCAGCCCCAGCGUGGUGCUGGCGUCUUACAACCACGAUGGUUCCCGUAACAUCCUGGACGACUUCAGGGAAGCGUACUAUUGGCUGAGGCAGAACACAGACGAGCACGCCAGAGUGAUGUCGUGGUGGGACUACGGCUACCAGAUAGCAGGCAUGGCCAACAGGACCACGCUGGUGGACAACAACACGUGGAACAACAGCCAUAUAGCUCUGGUGGGCAAAGCCAUGUCCUCCAAUGAGACGGCAGCGUACGAAAUCAUGAGGUCUCUGGACGUCGACUACGUCCUCAUCAUCUUCGGAGGUGUGAUUGGAUACUCGGGUGAUGACAUAAACAAGUUCCUGUGGAUGGUGCGCAUCGCAGAGGGGGAGCACCCCAAGGACAUCAGGGAAAGUGACUACUUCACCCCUCAGGGAGAGUUCAGAGUGGACAAAGCCGGCUCGCCUACGCUCCUCAACUGCCUCAUGUAUAAAAUGUCCUACUACCGCUUUGGAGAGAUGCAGCUGGACUUCCGGACGCCUCCGGGCUUUGACCGGACACGUAACGCUGAGAUCGGCAACAAGGACAUCAAGCUGAAGCACCUGGAGGAGGCCUUCACCUCGGAGCACUGGCUGGUCAGGAUUUAUAAGGUCAAAAAGCUGGAGAACAGGGACCGCUUGGAGCACAAGCUGCGGAGCACCGACACCACCAGGCAGAAGUACACCUCUAAAAAGACGGCCAAGAGGAAGCGAGGAUACGUCAAGAACAAGCUGUCCCUCAAGAAGGGCAAGAAACUGACCAAGAAAUCUUUAUAGGAAGAGCAGCAGAGGCAGACUGGACGGGAGGGCGGAGAAGAUCUCACACACAACUUUCAACAACAACUCGCAGCUAGGGUCAAGACGAACGACGGUCUCCAGACCCCUGAACGUCCUCGUCUUAAGGUCCAGGCUGGAAACUGUACCAUCACACGCUGAAGCCCAGCUGACCUCUGAGGGUGGAGAAGAGAUGGAGACCCAACCCCCCCAACCCGCACUGGUUGUAACUGACGAACUGUGACCUUUUGACUUUUCUUUUUGUACUUGAAGAUGUUGGGAGCGAGAGCAUGAGAGAUUAACUGUCCUUCAUCAGGGGACUGAGUUUAGGGGGGCUGCUUUUCUUUUUCUUUUAUUUUUUUAUGUGUCAUGCAGAAAAUGGACGACUCAUCAGGUCUCAGAUCUAAACCUGAAGCUGCUUCAACCUGAAGCCGGGUCAUCUCAUGGGAGAUGAGAGUGGUUGUAAACAAACCUCCAGCUCAGAUCAGAACAAUCGAAGGUUAAAUUUAGGGCCCGCUUUGUAGAGAACAUCCAUCAUCUUUACAGUAAGACCAGCCUGGACUCUGAUCUGCUGCACCUCACUAAACCAUCCUUUUGGGUUUUAUUAUGAUUAUUAGCUAUAAAACAACUGAAUGUCUGACUGUAAGAGCUGCUGUCAGGUGGUCUUUUUACAACUUGUCUGAUCAGCUCCAAUUAAGUUCCUUUCUGGACACAUCAGAACUGAAAGAAACGUCUGACACGCUCUGAUUGUAGCUCGGUGGAUUUUCUUUUAUCAUUCACUCUGUACUGAACAAGACAAGCUAAACGUUAACUCAGUUUGUCACAAGAUCCCGUCACUACCACUUUAAACUUAGCUGAGCUCAUAGUCCUCGUCCUCCUUGUUGCUGCUGGCGGUGGGUGUAAACGGGGGGGAGCCAGCUGCUCGUCCACACAACCUGCCGUCAGCAAGUCGAGCUUCCAGAGAUCCCCCUGGAGGCUCCGUUUCCUUUGAACUGCCGAGCAGAUCCUGGCACAGCACCAGGAUCUGCUCUCACAGUUCACACCUUCCUGAUGAUUUCUAGAACCUUCGGGCUUGUCAGCAUCAGGCUUUUUGCUUCCAGAGUUACUGCAACAUUACACACUGGAGCUUUCUGAUCGGCUGAAUUCCCGUCACUUGUCUUUGUUCCCUCUGUGAAGCAGAACUCAGUUCUCCGUGCUCGGUCUGUUGUAAAUAUUUCCAUCUUGUGGGAGCUAACUCUGAUCCUGUUGCAACAUUUUUGUCAGACGAUGUAAGAGAAUCCAGCUAAAGAGGAUGGUGUAGGCCUUAAUUUCAAAAACCUAAAAAUCACAUCAUUAUCCAGAGCUGUGAGUCAGUGGCCGUAUUUAUUACACGGAGGCUGCAGACACUGCAGCGAGCAGCGUCCCGUCCCAUGAUGCAAGGAUUUUAUUUGGCUCCGAAAGGUUCUCCCAUCAGUUGUAAUGAUCUGGAUGCAGGUGUGAGAAUGAAAUAUGCCUUUUUGAAUAAAGAGGUUGAAAUAAC